AUGGUCCAGGCGCUAACGAACAAUGGAUGUUUCCAAAAAUAUCUGUGGGACAGGGACAGAGCACAGAGUCCAGCCUGCGUUCACUGCACGGCAGAAGUCGAUGAUGCGGAGCACACUACUUUCGUGUGUCCUUUCUGGAACGAAGCCAGAAGCGAACUGUCGCAACUCCUCCGAAGGCAACCCCGUCUCGGAGAUGUCACCGACCUACUGUGUAGACCAAUACCGGACGAGCUUCCUGCGAACCCGAUCCAGCGACAAAAAAUUCAAGAGGCUGUGACCAGGAUGGCUGAUAGUUUUUCCCGAAUGAUCGAGUCCAUAAUGAGCUGCAAAGAGGAUUUGGAGAGGCGAAGGCAAGGCGCACCUGCAGCAGCAGUAGCAGACUAA